GUAUUAGUUGGAUAUGUCUACUUCCACCCCUACAAAACCCCCAAAAGAUCUCGAGAUUUCGCCAUGAAAAUCCCUCCCCGAGCUCCCAAUUCCUCCAGCUUUUCUGCAACUCCAUCGAAUUCCUGAAUCGAAUCCGAACUCAGUGAGGUCUCUGCUGGAAAAAUCCGUCCACGAUUCGACCCCAAGUCUCGAAUUCGUGAGCCGAGGGGGAGGUGGCGGGAAAUGGACUCGUCGGAGACGUAGGGUAUUGGAUUCUCUCUUUGUUGUGCUUUGGAGCAAAGUUUAGAUUUUUUUUUUGGUUUAAUUGAGGUGUUGGGAGGGCCAUGGCGAUGGAUUUGGGGUCGGUGCUGAUCAAAAUGGGGAUUCUCUCGGCGUCUGAUCACAUGUCGGUGGUGUCGAUCAAUCUGUUCGUGGCUCUGCUCUGUGCUUGUAUUGUGAUCGGCCACUUGCUGGAGGAGAAUCGGUGGAUGAACGAGUCCAUUACCGCGCUUCUCAUCGGGUUGUGCACUGGAGUGGUUAUUCUUCUCACCACCAAAGGAAGGAGUUCGCAUCUUCUAGUCUUCAGUGAAGACCUAUUCUUCAUAUACUUGCUUCCGCCAAUUAUUUUCAAUGCUGGGUUUCAAGUAAAAAAGAAACAGUUCUUCCGCAACUUCAUGACAAUUAUUCUGUUUGGUGCAGUUGGAACAUUGAUCUCCUUUAUUAUUAUUUCACUUGGUGCCAUAGGAAUAAUUGAAAAAAUGGGUCUAGGUUCUCUGGAAAUUGGAGAUUAUCUUGCAAUUGGGGCAAUCUUUUCUGCGACAGAUUCUGUUUGCACCUUGCAGGUGCUUAGUCAGGACGAGACACCUUUACUUUAUAGCCUGGUUUUUGGCGAAGGUGUUGUCAAUGAUGCCACAUCAAUAGUGCUUUUCAAUGCAAUCCAGAACUUUGAUCUAGGACAUAUUGAUGCUGUUACCAUUCUGAAGUUUGUUGCAGACUUCUUUUAUCUAUUCUUCACCAGCACCUUUCUAGGAGCAUUUGCUGGAUUGCUUAGUGCUUAUGUCAUCAAAAAGUUGUAUUUUGGCAGACAUUCCACUGAUCGUGAAGUUGCACUUAUGAUACUCAUGGCUUACCUUUCCUAUAUGCUGGCAGAAUUGUCAAAUUUAAGUGGUAUUCUAACAGUGUUCUUCUGCGGGAUAGUAAUGUCACACUAUACUUGGCAUAAUGUUACAGAAAGCUCUAGAGUUACCACUAAGCAUGCCUUUGCAACACUGUCAUUUAUUGCUGAGACUUUUCUCUUUCUUUAUGUUGGCAUGGAUGCACUGGACAUUGAAAAGUGGAAAUUUGUCAGUAACAGCCCUCGGAAGUCAAUUGGUGUGAGCUCUAUUCUGUUAGGCAUGGUAUUGAUUGGAAGAGCUGCUUUCGUGUUCCCACUAUCUUUUCUUUCCAACUUAACUAAGAAGCAUCCAAAUGAAAAAAUCACAUUUAGGCAGCAAGUCAUAGUCUGGUGGGCAGGUCUAAUGAGAGGAGCAGUAUCAAUUGCACUUGCAUAUAAUCAGUUUGCUAGGACUGGUCACACCCAAAUGCGCGGCAAUGCUUUCAUGAUCACCAGUACUAUCACUGUUGUUCUCUUCAGCACAAUGGUGUUUGGGUUGAUGACAAAGCCUCUGAUUAGGUUACUUCUGCCUCCAAGCAUAAGGCAACUCUCCAGGGAUCUUAGCAUGUCAUCUGAACCUCCAAGUCCUAAAUAUCUCCACUCUCCCUUGCUUGGUAAUGGGCAGGGAUCUGAGGUGGAAGCAGGGCAAAACAUCCCACGCCCAACAAGCCUGCGUAUGCUUCUAACUGCACCAAGUCGUUCAGUUCACCAUUACUGGCGUAAGUUUGAUGACGCUUUCAUGCGCCCAGUGUUCGGUGGGCGCGGUUUUGCUCCAUAUGUUCCUGGUUCACCAACUGAAAGAAGCGUCCAUGCAUGGCAAUGAACCAAAAGGACAGGGACAGAGAGAACCAAAUCAAAGUUCUCUUGGUUAUGUAUGUAUUCAGUGCUUCAUGGGUGAAAGCAGUCAUCUCGUGGUGUUAUGGAACUUUAUGAGGUUUUGGCUUGGCAUGUCUGAGUGUUGUAUUAAUUUUGGGUCCUAUACUUCUGUUUUUCUUCCUUGGUUCUGUAUAGUUUCACGACUAGUGAUGCAGGUCUGGGAGGCUCACAUGAGGAACAACAAUCGCAAAGUUCAUCGUAUUGAUGACUGUAUGCUCAUGUAUGUGAUAGUAAGCUGUGUUUAAGUUUAUAUUCCUGAAUAUUUGAUGAUUCAUGAGGGAGGGUUUGGUCUCUUAUAUCUGUAGUUUUGUGUUCCAUGAGAUUAUGUUAAGGUAUUUAGUCAUGUAAAAGCUGUGGUUGCUCUCAUUGUAUAGAUUAUGCCCAUUUGAAA